CGUGCGGUGAGCGCAGGGACAUUCCUUCCCCAGGACGAGUGCCUAGGAGGCGUGGUGCAGGGAGUGCGCGUCUCUACGGUGUUCCCUAGCCAUUACCGGCUUUCUCUCCUCGGCAUCUCGCGGACAGCUGUUCGGCCCCGGCAGCAUCACACGCGCGUCGGCGCGCGCAGUCGCGUUGUUGCCGGUGGCGAGAACAGGUCGACGCAGCCGGACGCAGUGUGAUUUGUGUUCCGUGAAGUGCCCCUCUCUUGUGGAUAUACAUACGUCGUCGACGACAGCUCCUGCUUGAUCGACACUACAAGCUCGGAAUACCGUUCCUGGUCGCUGAGCCAUGGGCUAGGGCCCUGCCCGUGACUCUUUCGCACGUUCGGAUGGACGAGGACGACGAACGGGUCCAGUUCCAUUCACUGCCACCCGAGGGCAUGAUCCUGCCCGCUGACGGACUCGGGAGUCCACCACCGGAGAAUGGAAGCGGAAGAGAGGCCGAAGACUCGUUCGAAGGGGAAGGGACGGAGGAGGUGAUCGUCAAAGUGGACAAGCCGGACAGCUGCGCGGUCAACGACGCCCUGCACCGACUUGGUCGAGCUGUGCGAGGCCCCCGAGAACGGCCUAGUCACCCUGGACAAGCUGAUGGCUGUCAUCGAGAGCCAGGGAUUCCAGUGUUCAGCUCAGGACGAGCAGUCCCUGAACCAAGUGUACAAUGCCCUGUGGGCCGAGAGCGAGUCCAAGGGUCUGGUCACUAAUGGGUCCUCGGGCAAGCGGGACGUCCACGUUGACAUCCACGGCUCCAAGGUGAUUCGCAACCUGCUCGACGAUUACCAGCGGAACGCGCACCUCGAGGACAUCUGGGAGCCGGGACUGUCGGUGCUGCUGGACUCAAGUAAGUUGGGCGGGGUUACGCCCACGCACAGCGGGGGCAGCAGCCCCCUCGCAUUCUCGACGCCUGUCCGCCAUGCUGGUGGCGGUGGUGAUGUCGCUGGUAGCACUAGAGGGGGUGGUGGCGGCCGCGGCGGUGCAUCGGGUCGCUCAACUCCAUCUACCUGCUCCUCGGCAGAGAUCCUCGCAUCCCUGGAAGUGUCCAUGUUCAGCUGUGGAAGCAAGGAAGGCAUCGCGGGUGACAUCAGCAUUCUGGAUCUGGCGCAGCUGGAGUCGGAGCGGUCCCAGUUCCAGCACACCGUGCAGCGGCUGAUCAAGGAGAAGGAGGAUGCCUUCCGUCAGUGGUCGCAGCUCGAAGAGGCCAAUCAGGCGUUGACCGCAUCCAACAAGGACCUGCUCGAGCGGGUGCGAAGCCUGUGCCAAGAAGUGGAGGCCCUGAGGAGUGCCAGUGCAGAGCUCGAGGAAACCAAGGCUGCCCUCGCUGCCACCAGUGUCGCCCGACAGCAGGCAGAGCAGCACCUGGUGCAGGCCAGGGCGGCCAAGGCGGCACUCGAGAGCCAGCUCGAGAAGAGGAUCGCUGAGGUGGACAGCCUACAAGAGAGGUUGACCAAGUCAGACGUCCGCGCAAAGAAGGCAUCCGAGGCGGUGGCCAGAAAUCGGGUGCGGCUCCGCGAACUCGAGAGCCGGAACCUCAGCCUCAAAGAGCAGCUGUCCCAGGAGUCCAGCAGACUUGUUCAGAGUGCAUCUGUGGUCCAGGAUCUGUCCAAGACUGUUGAGACUCUGGAACACAGGCAGAAGGACACCGAGGAUGAAUUGAGGCAACAGCGUGUGGAAAACCUUCGGCUGAGGGAAGUCCUGUACGAGCGGAACUCUGUGCUAGUCGGCGACACCAGCACGAUCACCGGCACGGAGCUGCACGACACCAGUCCCGCGUCCGUGGCUGUCGCCGGCGAGGCCAACCUGGACAGCGACGAGGGGGUCCGCUCCAUCUCGCCAGCCAGCGUCCUCUUGCUGGACUUGUCCUCAUCCUCGCACCAGCCAAUCAGCGACGAGCUCUUCUUCAGUGCGCUGGACCUUCCGUAUGCGAGCACGCCGCAACCACAGAGCCCAUCUAGGAGGCCACGGUUGCCAUUUUGCGGGAUUCCCAGGCUACCCUCUUGGGACUGCUCCAUGAUCCGACGCCGACAUUCCGAUGUUGGAGUCCUCAGCCCCGUCCUUCUGAACCACUCUGGACACAGCAGCCUCCCACCGAGGAUAUCGGCGAUGGUUCAGGAGAAUGUGGCCAGCUCUAGAGACCAAACCUUGCAGGCAAGGCUUGAGCAGGAGCUGGAGAAGAAAGAGGAACUUAUCAGGGAACUCGAAGCAAAAAUUGCCGAGAACACUCAGGAGCAGGUGGCGCUGGAGCGGCGGCACGCCGAGCUGUGCAGCUUCCUCGGCCUCUUGUUGGUCACGCUGAGGUCUAUUCGCUUCGACCUGCAAGCGUUGAAUGAUGAAGCCGUCAGGGUCUUGGAAUCGCACGCCGGGGCUGCAUCUGUACUGGCUCUGGCACAACAGGACAGGCAGUUGGUGGCGGCCCUGGAAGAUGCCAGCCCAGAGUCCGCGUACUCUUUUCCGGAGGACGUGGUCCGGGAGCAGAUCCAACUGGAACUGCAGACACUCAGGGCACAGAUCACCAAGAGCCAGGCAGUGCUCACUUACCUCCAAAGCCGGGGCUCUAGGGUGCCCCUGCAUCCAUCGUCUGAGUGUGCGACCAUUGACCGCAAGGCUCUCGUGUCGCACCGUGGCUACUCCGAGGAAGGUGUCCAUCCCGAUGACCGCCACUACGACACCUUAGAGACGCACCGUUCCAGGAGGCCUUCAGGUUGCCAAGCUUGUGGGUGCAUUGGUCGCUGCCGAGGCCGUCAUGCGGGCCGCUUCUCAAGCACGUUCUCGUGCCCCACGCUGUUGUCGCGUGACUCGCCGGUGGCAAGGGGGACGCAGACAGAGCUGGGGACUGCAACGAGGUCAUGUGACUGCCAGACAGAGCCCCUGGCUGCUGCCAACAUGCCGUGCAACAGGGUUAUCGUUGAGCAGCAGGGACCAGUCGAGGUGCGGACUGCGGCGGUGCUGGACUCGACGCCGCCAUUUCCGCGACAUCGGAGCAACAGCUUCGUGUGUGCCAUCCAGGGAGGGAACGCUGCGGCCCCAGAGGCAUCUGACAGUAGUCAACCCUCAAGGGAGGGUAGUACAGUUGACAGUGGCAGUGCCAAACCACCGGUGCCAAAGCUGACAUUUGAGGACUUUGAUGCGCAACGGAGGGAUGCCGACGCGCAGACCCGGAAGGCAGCCUUCAGGAAAUGCCUGCUUGAGGUUGGACGCAGUGUGGCCAUGGACUUGGAUCAACCAGACAGCUCGACGGGCCCACCGCGACCACGGGUUCCUCUGAAGAAGACCACCUUCAUGCUGGAGCGACCCGAGACGGAGUCCGCCCAGGGCAGCCUGGAUGGACAGGAGGCGUUUCCCUCCUUCUCGGACAUUGUGCUCGCCUCACAGGGACUCUCCAGGGACUCCCCAAGUUCGGACCAGCUGACCGAAGAGGAGAUUGAGAAUAAGUUCACCACCCUCUCCCUGGGCUUCAAGACCGACCGGCUGACGCUGACCAAGCGACUGGAGCUGCACCAGCGCCACCGGGACAUCGCCGAGGGAAACAUCCAGGCAGAGCUCAACGCAAUCCGGGACCUGGCGCAGACCCUGGACUCUCUCUGCACGGACGACGAGCGCGUCCGAGAGGUGGUUGCCCAGAUCCGCAACCAUGUCGACGUCAUCCAGCAGUCCACCGACCGCGUGUCCAGCCAGGCUGAGGUGUACGGUGCCGUCCAACAGGAGGAGCGCAUGAGCAGGGCGUUCGAGGUGAUGGUGGCUCACGUGGAGAACCUCAAGCGCGCCUCCGAGCGGGAACACCGGGAACUGGAGGAGGCCCGCAAGCUGCUGCUCGACCAUCAGCUCAUGCACGACGUGGCCAACGUGACUCCCGCAAAGGAUGCUCGUCGCAGGGCCAGCGUUGCCUGUGUCCGCAGACCAUCGGGAGAGGAUACCCGUGGGAACCUUGUCUACUUAGAUUCCCGGGGCCGGCUGUUCAGCAUCCCGGGCGGCUCGGCCGGCAAUUCGUCGGCGCCGGGUCCCAUGCGCGCCCUGCGCGCCCUGAACCUGGGCCCCCGGCGCUGCUCGCUUCCGGUGCCCCACGCCGUGCUCCUGCCCACGGCGCACGAGGCCGACGCAGCGCGAGCAGCCGUAGACGCCGCGGCCUGCUGCAAGUCGGAGUGUCAUGUGGAAGAGGACACGGUGGGACCUGCAGCUAAAGCCGAUGGCUCGCACCACCAUGGUGCAACCAACGGAGACGUUGGCGUCUCCAGCCUGUCUGCCCACGACAUCAUUGGCCAUGUUGCCGAAGAAAGUUCAACUCUCCAAAAUGGUGUGCUCGAGGAGUUGGUGGCCGCCAGCGUCCAGGACACCCUGGAGCUGUCGGAGCGGCUGAACGGCAUGGAGGAGAUGGAUGUGGAUGAGCUCCGGGCUCGCGUCGAAGAAGAUGAGGAAGGAGACCGAGAGGGCGAUGGAGAGGAAAGGGAAGGUGGUAAUGCCAGGGCAGACGGUGCCAACAUCGACCUGCUGCACUGGGCAGCCAACGUAGUAGUCAGGGUGAAGUACUGGUUGAACAGAAGUCGGCAGGUGCUGGCUGGACGCAAGCGGCUGGCACCAGUGACCGUCCAGCGCUUCACGACUGCCCGCUACUUCCUCAGCGGUUUCUUGGUCACUGCGGCCCUGGUGACUGCCCUGGUUGUGCUCCUGCCGGGUGUAGCGCCAAGUUCCGCCGCCAGAAACGACGUUGCCAACAUAAUGGAGCUGUGGCACGACCUGUGCCUCUGGGGACCGAACCUCGUGAUGCUGCGACGGGGUGACCGGCCACCGCCGACGUAAUUCUCGCGACUCGAAAGACUUCUUCGUUUCUGUCUCCCUCAUUGACGUUCUGCAAAGUGUGCAUAGUUGCUGCGAGAAUUUUUAGAUACAAGCACCUGUGAUGUGAUCUUUACAGAACAUUCUUUAUUGUUAGCGUGUGUAUGUUCCAGUUCAUGUGUUAAUGUGUCCCAGGAGCCUUACAAAACAUGACUGGUACGGAUUCGAUUGGCAAGCGGCUCCUCGUUGUACCAUGAGAUGUAUAUGGUUGCUGCUAGAGUAGCAGUGACAAGUUGCUAUGUGAUUUUUAGAAAGGCUUCGCUUUUUUAUGUGUGUUUGUUAGUUCUCCAUGCAAUACAGUGUCCCAGGAGCACAUUUCAAAGGAAGGUCAGACAAAGCGCCGCAGACUACAUUGGCUACAUCAGCGAGCCUCUAAAAUGUUCACAUGGAUGGUGGCACGAUGCUCUCACAACUCAUCCAUGCGGCUCUUUGCGUUGCCUGUGCAUUUAAGCACUGCAUUUAAGUUUCGAAGUUUCGGCAUGGCCGUCCCUGCGAAAGGAAAGACACCACAAGUACUGUCUGAGGACAGCGAUGGCUUAAACCUGGUCACACAUUUGUCGAACCCCCGUAACACACGCGGGCUCGAGUGUCUUGCCACGUCGCGCACCACGCCUUGCAAGCCUGGCAAGUACUCACACGUUAGGUGGUCGAGCUGCUGUUAGUGCUGCCACCUUGCCGGUGCAUCGACAUUCCUCGCAAACGAUCCUCUCUUGCUCAAGGAGAGUUCCGUUUUGAGAGAACAAAGUUUACAAAACGCAACAACCUAAACUUGGACUGCCACACUCUGCGCGCUUGCACGUGCAGCUGCUGGGGAAAUAGGCAUAGUAUGCUGGCAGUUCAUCGUAAUGGCCAUCUCCCAUUGUUUUUUUUUUUUCUCUUUGUUUUACUGUUACAUUUAGGUCUCUUCGAACUGAGUGCCAUGCGCGUGUAUUACUUCGUCAUGUGCAAUACUUACCUUUUUUUUUCUUUUUAUCACGAGGAAGACGUGCAUCUUUUUUUUUUUGUACAAAGCCUGCUAUGACUACACCUUGUUCACAUUUAUAGACCUGUUCCAACGAGUCGAUGUGUGGAAAGUAUUCACACCUGCAUAACUGUUAAUAGUUUGUAUUUAAAUAUAGUUCCGUUUAUUGCUGUUACAAGUACUGCGAGUUCAUAAAUGUUUUGUAAAGCUUUACUAAGUGACGAGCCUUAAAUUUGGGUUAUAUUUUAGACAUUUUAAACUUCAGUGUUCCUUGUG